CCGCCGCCGCUGUCACCGUCACCGCCACCGCCACCGCCACCGCCACCGCCGCCAGCAGCCGGCUCCGGCGCGGACACCCCCGCAGCGGCAGGUACCUUUGCUGAGAGGUGGCAGAGCAGCCUCAGGACACCACCAUGAUGGAGGACCACGCACCUGGCCAGGAAAAACACUUCUCCUCAGGCUGUCCCCUUCAGAUACCAGUGGAUGAUGGAUCGGAUGAGCCUGUUUCUGAAACUUCUGACGCUAAGAGCACCCCAACUACGGAAGAUGCCACAGCACCUUUAGUGGAGGAAGGAGACCACGAGGAUCAGGGUGGUGCGGAGCAGCACGGGGAGAUCCCAGAAGGAACCACAGCUGAAGAGGCGGGCGUAGGAGCCACUCCCAACCUGGAGGACCACGCUGCAGGAGAUGCUGCUCAAGGCCAGCCGAGCCCCGCCGGGCUGCAGCCCGGCCCGGGGGCAGCGCAGGGGCCCGGCCAGCCCCCAGAGCAGCCGCCCGUGCCCCGGGAAGGCAGGGCAGCCGCCACCAGGAUCGAGGUGACCAUCCCCAUCCCCCUGGACAUGUACCAGGGCUCCGGCCGCGAGCCGUGGGGCCGGGCGGGCAGAGACGGCGACGCCGCGGAGCCGGGGCUGGGCCUGGCCGGAGCAGGGGGCACAGGUGACCGCCCUGAGGGACCAAAGCCUUCGUGUGCCACGGCCACGGCCAAGGAAGAGUCCGGCGGACGGGGCAGAGACGAGGACCGGGAUGUUGAUGAGGCCUGCGAGCAGGGUUUGCCUUCCCUUGUGGGCCCUGCAAAGAGCCCGUGUCCUGCUGAGGACGCUCAGGAGGGAUAUGAUGGAGGAAAGUCCAAAGGUGUCCUCAGAGACAGCCCAGGAGAGGCUGGAGCCGAGCCCCAUGAGGGACAGGACCAAGAGGAGAAGGCACAGCUGGUGGGGACAGGAGGAGCUCCGGAGGCCGCCCUGUCACAGCCUCCCCAAGGUGACUCCCAGAAGGAGGCCGAGCCCAAGCAGGAAGAAGAUUCUGGGCCGGGGCCAGAAGCAGCCAAAGCGCCUGCUGAGGAGGAGGAUGGCGUGAAGGACGAAGAUGCCGCCGUGCCGGACGCAGGGGGCCGCAGGACGCCCCGGAGGAAGGCCGGCGGCCCGGCCGCAGACAAGGCCAGCCGUGUCCCUCUGCCCAAAGGUCGUGUUGACAAGGAAGGGACUGAAGCUGAUGAAAAGAAAUCCAAGGGCCCCGAGGCCAGGGCUGGCUCCAAGGCGCGCGCGGGGCAGGCGCAGAGGAACUCCAGCAACGCCACCCGCAUCCCGGCCAAGACCCCCACGGCCCCCAAGACCCCUCCCAGCUCCGGCAGAAAGGAGCAGAAAAAACCACCUCCUGCAGCAGCAAAGACUGAGAAAGGUGAGCAGCCCAGGUCUGGAGACAGAAGCGGCUACAGCAGCCCCGGCUCCCCCGGGACCCCGGGCAGCCGCUCCCGCACCCCCUCUCUGCCCACCCCACCAGCCAGGGAGCCCAAGAAGGUGGCAGUGGUUCGCACGCCCCCGAAAUCUCCGGCCUCUGCCAAGACCCGCGUGCAGCCCGCGGCCGCGCCCAUGCCCGACCUCAAGAACGUCAAGUCCAAAAUCGGCUCCACCGACAACCUGAAGCACCAGCCCGGAGGUGGCAAGGUGCAGAUAAUUAAUAAGAAGCUGGACUUUAGCAGCGUUCAAUCCAAGUGUGGCUCAAAGGAUAAUAUCAAACACAUCCCGGGCGGAGGCAGUGUGCAGAUAAUUAAUAAGAAGCUGGACUUUAGCAGCGUUCAAUCCAGGUGUGGCUCAAAGGAUAAUAUCAAACACAUCCCGGGCGGAGGCAGUGUGCAAAUCGUGUACAAGCCGGUGGACCUGAGCCACGUCACAUCCAAGUGUGGUUCCCUGGGCAACAUCCAUCACAAGCCAGGUGGUGGCCAGGUGGAGGUGAAAUCUGAGAAACUGGACUUCAAAGAUAAGGUGCAGUCGAAAAUCGGGUCCCUAGAUAACAUCAGCCACGUCCCUGGAGGAGGCAAUAAAAAGAUUGAGACUCACAAGCUGACCUUCCGCGAGAACGCCAAAGCCAAGACCGACCACGGCGCCGAAAUCGUCUACAAGUCCCCGACCAUCUCCGGGGACGCCUCCCCGCGCCGCCUUAGCAACGUCUCCUCCACCGGCAGCAUCAACCUGGUGGACUCCCCCCAGCUGGCCACGCUAGCCGACGAGGUGUCCGCCUCGCUGGCCAAGCAGGGCUUGUGAUCACGGCACGGCGGCCACCAGGAGAGAAGACAAGGAAAGGAAACAAAAAAGAAAAGAAACAAAAAUAAUAAUCUGGCCUUCUUCCUCUGUUCCUUUUACAGCUGCUUCCCCGUCCCUAACUGGUUAAUGAUUUAACCUGCUUUUACUGUUCAUUCAGCUCUAGCUCCAGGACUUCAAAAUCAGUGACACUAUGAGGUACAAAACCUCCUCUCCCCCUGCUCCUCGGAGCGCACAGCCCGUCCCGUCCCUGCUCCUGCUGUCCCUCGCUGUCCCAGCCCUGCCGGGGCCAGGCGGGGAGGGGUCGGGGGGCGGCCACAGCAUGACCCGAGCCCCCCCAGCAGCACAGGGCAGCGGUGGCCACCGGGAAGGGGCUGUGCCCUCGCCCAGCUCGUGCCCUGCUGGGCCCCGGGUGCACAGCCAGGGCUGCGGGGAGGUGCCUCCCCCCCUCCUCCCGUUAAAUUUGCCUGCUGAUUUGGAAGCAACCUUUUGUUUUUAUUUCCGAAAGCCGAGAUGUGUAUGAAGAUCACGGCCAGGUACCCCCAACCCCGCUCCCAGCUCCGGCAGCUGGAGUUGAGGCGUUCCCCUCUCCGUGGCUGUGCUGGAACCGCUGAGUGGAUGAGUAGAGGCUUUUCCCCAUUCCUUUGGCAGCCCCUCGUGUCGUAGAGUAGAUUUGUCUGUAUAUGCUUGGACCGUGCCAGGGUGAUUGUUUUCAUAAACGAGCAUGUGUUUAAAAAAUAAAUGCUGUAAGUAGUUUUGAGCUGCCCCGCGCCGGCUCCGCCGCAGCCCAGCCCCGGUGCCCAGGAGGAGCCCGGCACCGCAUGUCUGCCGGGGGCAGCUCCAGGGCUGGGAUGGCUCCUGGAUUUGGGUGCAGCUUGUGACAUUUCUGGGUUGUUCUUUUUGUUUCCCUGCAAGGUCAGCUCAGCGAUGGCGGAGGUGGCAGCUCCAUGGCCCUGCUGUGCCGGUGGCAGCGGUGAGACCCCGGGAGGACGCGGGGCAGGCGCGAGCAGCUCCCCCAGCCCGGGGCCAGCGGCUGCUCCUGGCACUGAACCCCCGGCCCGGGGCUCCCCAGUGCGAGCUGGCAGCGCCUCGCCCCUCACCCAGCUCUGAGCGCCCCACAGCGCUCGGGGACAGGAGCCAGCCCAGCUCUUUCUUUGGCUGCCUUUGUUCCCGUGGCUGUCCCCACCUGCCCCUUCCCUCUACAACCAAAGAGGCCGAGAUGCCACCGGUGCCGCUCCGUGCCCUGCCCUGUGUCCCCCAGCUGGGGCUGGGAGGGCAGAGGGGGCUCAGGGGGGGCUGCACCCCCAGGCUGUGCUGCAGGGAAAGCUCGGCUUUCCCAGCAAGGGCUGCAGUCCUGUCUGGCAGGGCUGGGGCGCUCAGGGCCCCUGGUUGUCCUUGGGGCGAUGGCUCGGUGCCACCAAGGCUUCAGAGCAGCAAUUCCUCCCAUCCCGAGGGGCUGUGACCCUCUGCGGGGCCUGGCUGUGGAUGGGGAUGGUUUGGGGGGUCCAACCCUUCUCUCUGCAGCCCCUGGAGCUGCUUUGUUGCUGGGGAGAGGCUGGUCCAGCACCACCACCAUGUCCAGCUUGUCACUCGCUCCGUUCACUUGACUCCAUGAUUGUAAGACUCUGUGCUCCGUCCCCUCUGUGGCGCUGCCGCGGUUUUUGUCCUUUGUAGAACGAGCAAGUUGGGAGAACCCUCCAAGCGUCACCUCUGCCCCUCUGGGCUGCAGGACGGGGCAGCUGAGCCCCUCCUGUGCCCCCCCUGUCCCCCCUGUGCAGCCCCUGGGGACCCCAGCAGCAGGGCUGGGCUGUGCUUUGUGAGCAGCCCCUUCCCCUGGCUGUGCUGGGGCCAGGACAGCCCUUUCCAUCCCCGUGUCACCGCUGUCCCCAGGACAGCCCUUUCCAUCCCCGUGUCACCGCUGUCCCCUCCAGCAGCCCCAGCCACGUCCCUGCCCCGACCCUGCCUUCAGACCCAGGCCCGAGGGUCCCGUGAGCAGCCAGACAACCUUGACCCCAGCUUUUCCUUUACUCCUCACACAUCUUGGGUCUGAAAAGGGUUAAAACCGGCACUGAUUUAAAAAAAAAAAAUAAAAAAAAUCAUAUUUCUGCACUCCAAAAGAUUCUUGGUGUUAGCCAAGGUCGGUGCCAGCCUGUGUGGUGUUGGCAGCCCCGAGCCCACUGCCCGGGGAGGGGAGGGAAGGUUUGAUCUCAGUGUAUCAUUCUAGCUUAGCUUCUGUCUGUGGGUGUCCAUAGUGUAUCGUGUGUUUAACAACUGGUUUACACUGUUGCCGUAAAAGUGAAUUUGGAAAUAAAGUCAUUACUACAAUAA